AUUUGGGAUCUUCUUCAACCUCUGAACCAACAAAAAUACGAUCGUCUCUCUCUGAAUGAUUCUCAUCAUCAUUCAUCAAUGGCGUUUGAUCCAAUCACAGACUUCUCCAAAACCCACCGAAUAGUUCUCCUUCUAGAUCUAAAUCCACUUCACAAUCUCCAUGACCCAUCUCCAUAUCUCACUGCUAUCACCUCCGCUGCAAAAAUUCUCCUCUCUUUUCCUCCACUUUCGUCCUCCACUCUCUUCUCCUUCAGAUUCUUCUUCUCCUCCCUCUCGCCCCUCCUCUCCUCCUCCAAGCUCCACAGUUUGAUUCCCACUUGCCCUCUUUCCCUCUCCUUCGACCACCCGGCUGCAACUUUCAAUUCUCUCUCCAGUGUCCUCAAUUCACUGCCGAAUCUUGGUCGAUUUCCGUUGUGUGAGGCUUCUGAACCGAGUACUCCACUGGCUUCGUGCCUCGCGGCGUCCAUGCGUCAGCUCCUGCACGACUAUGCUUGGGACCCUGUGAUGGCGGAUUUGGAAUUCGGUACGCUUUCUGAAAGCUUUGACUGCGUUGGUGUUAGAACGAAUUUGGUUGUUUUGCUUUCGCCCCUUUCUGAAUUGGUUGGAUGCUUAUCUGGAUUUCUGGGAGUGGAUACGGAUGAUGAAUGUGUUGGAAAUCUGAAUUUGUUUAGUAAAAGAUUCUGCGGGUUGUUUGAAAGCGUGAAUGAUGCUUUUUCACAGAGGGAUAUUCAUUUUAGUUGGAUUAAUGUUAGCCAUGAAUCUACUGAGAAUAAGAUCGAAAAUGAUGAGCUGAAAGUGAAGUUUGGGUUUUUAGAGACUGGGAUUAGGAAUUUAGGGUGGGGGCUUUGCUCGACGAACUCCAUUGUUUUGGGAUCUGCUCUUCUUCCUUUUGGGCUGAUUUACCCCAGGAUAGGAAUGACUUUGAGGAACCUUGACACUGAUAAAUUUUCAAAAAAAAUUCAAGCACAACUGUGCCUUGAGAUUUUGGAUAAAAGUGGGAAGCCAUUGGAGUGCAAGUUUUGCAAUCUUGAAUUGAUUGAUUGGAAUACAUUGCCUGAAAACAGAUCCGAUGAUCCUUUGCUCGUACCAGGAGGAUUGAAAAUGAGAUGUGAUGGUUAUGAGCAGAGGAAAAUAUCUCUGGAAUUGCUUGGUGAUGGUGCUACAAAGCUACAUGUUAAGUCUGUGCAUAAAUGUAGUGAAAUAGUAAGAUUCAAGGGGCAUCUAUCUAAUCCAUUUCUUGUGCUUCAACUUUCAGAAGCACCCGCGAAGAACAUUCAAGGAAGUAAUGGAAAAUUUUUUGCUGAUGAGGUUUUGGAAAUGCUGGCAGUUGAAUUGGGUGAUUGUAAAAAACCAAAAUCUGUUCCCAUUUUUCAGCUUCUUCUGAGUUUUCUUUAUAGGGAAGGUUAUUGGGGAUUGGUGUCUAUUUCAAAUGCCAAUGGUGGUUCACAUUUAGGAAUCUUAAAGCCUUUCAUGGUUUCUUCAGCUCUUCUAUAUGUCAUUGACAAUGAAUUCUACCCUCUUUUGUUGGAGCCUACUAAUGAGGAUAGGCAGUUGGAAGAAUUGGGUACAGGUAGCAAUACUAGCAAACUUGGUAGUGAUUUAAACAAAUCAUGUAAUGCAGUUGAUUAUAAGGCUUCCCCUUCUGUUAGGUGUUCUCAAGACGAAGAAGGUAAAACGAAAGAGAAGAAGAAGACUAGACAUUUAAUCCAGAACUUCACUUGGACAGAUUUCUAUAAGGCAGUAUUUGAACAUGUGAAUAUUGAACUUGAAGAUGUUUAUUUUGACAGAUAUUCUAAUAGCUCAAAGAAGCUGAAAUUUUUUAAAUGCUGGGUUAAACAGAUUAAGAAAUCCACCUUAUGUGAGCUUAUGUUACCGGAAAACUUGCGAUUACAGCAGGGUGAUCCUGUUAAAAAGGAUGAUGGGUUGAGACAGUUGCACCAAGAAAGUGAACAACCAGCAACUUCAUCAGGUAAAGAAAAUUCCUUGGCUGAGGCCUCUAAUACACUGGCUGAAGCAACAAUUGACUAUCACAUGGAGACUUCUGAAGACUUUUUCAAGAAUCUUUCCAGUAAGAUCCAACAAGGACUCAUAUCCGAGGUUGUUGACUUGGGCGCUUUGGCAGAGCGACUCGUGAGUUCAGCUAUAUACUGGUUAAGCCAAAAGCAUGAAGUGCAAGGCACUUCAGAUAAUCAACCAAAUGCCAGAAACUCUGAUUCUACUCUCAGUUUUACAGUUGCUACAGAACUAAAUAAACUUUUGCUGAGGGAGCCCAAAGACUUGGCCACAAAGCCAAAGAACAACGAUUUCUCCUUUGAGGAGUGUAGUCCAGGAUCCACAGGACAAUCCUCAGGAAACAUAAUCAGAGAACAUGAAUUGCAAAUCUUCUUCCGAAUGGAGAUAUUACGAUCGCCAAUUAGAUUCAGCAUUAGUGAAUCUACAAAACAGAAGUUUGUCAAGCAUAUUUGUUUGCUUUUAGAGACCAUUCAAUGCCAUUUGGAGGGAGGAUUUUUCGGAGAGUGGAGCCUCGAAAAUUAUGUUGGAAGAAUCAUAAAAAGCAGGUAUUGCCAGAGUCUAGGAGAUGUGGUGAAUAAGGUCUAUGAAAAAAUGGAUCUAUUGUUGUUUGCUGAUGAGAAUAAAUCCACCAAUCACCCCCCCUACAGUGAGGAUAGCAAUAAUUCUUGGAGAGAAAAUGCAGUUAGCGAUGAAGUCGGUGACAACUAUAGCUCGAACGAUCCAGUAGAAAACAAACUCCUCCAUGAAAAUGGCAAUGAAAGGUCCCCAGGGAUCAAGAAUGACUACACUUGGAAACUGAUCAAAGCUCAAGAAAGGAGAGAAAAGGCCAGAAGAUUUGCAUCUUUCACAAGUUGGAUACCAGAUUUGCAGCGAGUUUGGGCACCAAAGCAGCCAAAGGCAGCAAGGAAACCGAAGACCGAUCCUCUACUUCGAAAGGCAUCAAAGAGGAAGUACCAGAGCAGGGAAAGCAAUGACAUGGUGUGUGAGACCCCAUUAACAGAAAAAAGACACUCGUUUCGGAGAGCGAGCGGAGUUGGCGAUGAAGAUGCUGUUAACAAUGGAGAUCAUUUAUGUCGUUCUGUUUCAAAAGCCUUGUUUCAGGACAUGGAUUCAUAGCUUUCAACAACAGCUCAGAACAUAUAAUAACUAGCAGCUGUUCAUCUGCAGAUUUACUUAUGUUACUCUCCAAGUGUAUAUAGUAAAGAUUAACCAAUUACAUUUAAAGAAGCUGUGUAUUUGUUUUCCAACCUCCUAAUUUAAACUUCAUUCUUUCUUUGCACUGAGUUUAUAUAUUGCUAAUUUAUGUUUUCCUAGUGAACAUUAUUUA